AUGACUAACCCAAUAUCCACCUCACGUAAACCUGGAACACCUCAUAAAAUAUGGUUCAACAAUGAGCACAUGGGACAAAUCAAGUCAGUCAUUUCAAACUUCAAAACUCCACCAUCUGCUGUCACACUAGGGGAAGUUUGGAGACCAUUGAAUGGGAGUAUGGGCGAGAUAGUGUAUAUUUGGGUGGGGCAAACAAGUGGGGAAGAUGAUGAUAACCUGUGGCAGAUUGUUGGUGAUAACUUCAUUUUUAGAAAACGUCUGGCAACAAGCUCUAUUGUUCAGAUAGUGAAAGAAUAUGAAGAACCAAAGCAACUAUGGAAGCAUCUUCACUGGCCACGAAAUGGCCUUGACUUUGUGGUUCUUAUUCAGGCUGUUUUAAGCAAGGAGGAGUUUGGUGUAUUGGGACCUGAUGAUGAUUGCUGGAGCCAAAUGGGCUGCAAAGUCCCUUCUAAUCAGGAGGUAUGA